UGUUGUUGGCCCCCUCCUACUACUUAAUUGUCCUAUACGAGGUCGUUAGGCAGUGCAAGUUCAUCUCGCUUCAUCUUCUCAAUCCAUCAUCAAACAAAAAAUCACGGCGUGACUCUGUUCAUCCACUGCAAUUUAGAGAGAGAAAGAAGAAAAGAUGAUGCGAACUCGAUUGUUAUGGUUCAGCUUAGGUUUAACCUCCUCAGCUGCCGUCGUUUCCCAUUUCGUUUGGAAGGACCUCUAUGUCGACCGUCACGCUCUCUCCUCUCACAUUACU